UAUACGGAGAGAAAGAGAGGAGGGGGAUAGAGUGAGCGAGAGAGAGAGAGAGAGAGACAUAGAGGGAGAGAAUGAUGCAGGAUCGGCGCGGCUAGCGCUCCUCCACUCCUCUAUCUGCUCGGACACAGACGGAGUUUCUCUGCCAGCCUCUCGCUGAUGUCAGGAUGUCGGUGAACCCCCCCAACAGCAAUGAUGCGUGCCUCAGCAUCGUGCACAGCCUCAUGUGCCACAGACAAGGCGGGGAGAAUGAGGGCUUCGCCAAGAGGGCGAUCGAGAGCCUGGUGAAGAAACUCAAGGAGAAGAAAGACGAGCUGGACUCUCUUAUCACUGCCAUCACCACCAACGGAGUCCAUCCCAGCAAGUGUGUCACCAUCCAGAGGACGCUGGACGGCAGGCUACAGGUGGCUGGACGUAAAGGCUUCCCCCAUGUGAUCUACGCCCGCCUGUGGCGCUGGCCGGACCUCCACAAGAACGAGCUCAAGCACGUCAAGUUCUGCCAGUACGCCUUCGACCUCAAAUACGACAAUGUUUGUGUUAACCCCUACCACUACGAGAGGGUGGUCUCCCCGGGCAUCGUGGGCCUCAGUCUGCAGAACACAGGUCCCUCCGGCAGGCUGAUUAAGGAGGAAUAUAUCCAUGACUGUAUUCAGAUGGAUGUUCCGCCAGGUUUGCCUCCGCAGCCCGACCACCAGGGGGCGAUGAAGCUCCCUCCUCCGGAGCACUACAGCCAGCCGCUGCCACCGUUACAGCUGCCACCUGAACCUCCUCGCGGCCCUCCGCCCGUCACACUUUACCCCAACAUGCCUCUCUCACCCACAGCAUCUGGCUCUAUGUUGCCUAUGCAGGGUGGUCAUAGCGAGGGUCUUCUGCAGAUUGCAUCUCCCCAGGCUCAGGUCAUGACCCCCACACCUCCCCCCUCCACACCCACUCACGGACCCCCCCAGCCUCCAACCCCCCAACAGCCUCCUCCGAAUCAGAACGGCUACAACGGCUCCAAGCACACGCAGAGCCAGGGCUCCUUCCACACUACGUGGACAGGCAGCAGCACGGCCUCCUACACUCCUGUAGGACCCCAGCAAAACAGCCGCGGUCACCAGCCCCCUCUACACCACCCCCACUUCUGGUCUCAGCAUCACAGUUCACCGUCAUUCCCUCCUCCAGUCUCCAACCAUCCAGGGCCGGAAUUUUGGUGCUCCAUCUCCUAUUUUGAGAUGGAUGUGCAGGUGGGUGAGAUGUUUAAGGUGCUGUCCAGUUGUCCCGUUGUGACGGUGGACGGUUAUGUGGAUCCGUCUGGAGGAGAUCGCUUCUGCCUCGGCCAGCUGAGCAACGUCCAUCGCACUGACGCUAGUGAAAGGGCCAGGUUGCACAUCGGGAAAGGUGUGCAGCUGGAGUGUCGGGGUGAAGGAGACGUGUGGAUGCGGUGUAUGAGUGACCACGCUGUGUUCGUCCAGAGUUAUUACCUGGACAGAGAGGCAGGGCGAGCCCCGGGGGACGCUGUGCACAAAAUCUACCCAGGAGCCUACAUCAAGGUGUUUGACCUCAGGCAGUGCCACAGGCAGAUGCAGCAGCAGGCGGCCACAGCUCAGGCAGCAGCGGCGGCUCAGGCGGCCGCGGUGGCCGGCAACAUCCCGGGUCCAGGCAGCGUCGGGGGCAUCGCGCCUGCAGUCAGUUUGUCAGCAGCUGCAGGAAUCGGUGUAGACGACCUGCGGAGGCUGUGCAUCCUGCGGCUGAGCUUCGUGAAGGGCUGGGGGCCCGACUACCCGCGGCAGAGCAUCAAACACACCCCCUGCUGGGUGGAGGUGCACCUGCACCGCGCGCUGCAGCUGCUGGAUGAGGUUCUGCACACCAUGCCCCUCGCAGACCCCGGACCUUCUAACUGAGAAGAAGGAGAUAAAAGAACACACAAACAUACACUUAGCUAUACACUGAGUUGCCAGGUUAACCGGAUUACCUUGUAUGUACACUCGGAGGCCAUUUUAUCAGAAACACCUACCAUAUAGGUGCUUUUAGCAGGUCUUUUCUUUAAUGUAUGGGUUUUGUGGCCUGGUUUGCAUGCUUGGUUUCCAGAUGUCUUUCCAAGUAUGAAGAAAGCCGGCUUCAUGCUUUGAUUGGAAAGCAUACAGUACCAGAAACAUACAGUAUAACAUUACAUCAUUGUGCCCAUGAAGGAUGAUGUAGUUGCCUGUCCCGCUAUUAACUGUAAUCUACAUUAAUCUGUCACAUGGUGAUCGUAUAACAUAAUCUAUUCAGUAAUUAUGAAUAGCUCAAUACUGUCUGGACAUAUGGCCUUAGGUUCAAUUAAUCACAAACUGUAAAAUUGAGAUUUUUCCUUUUUAAAAAAAAGAAUUUCUUCACUGUUGAGAAAACCGUACUCUCUUUUGGUUGUAGACGUCUAGACGCCGCUGUUAUCAGGACAAAACCUUCUUGUCGUUUUCAGAUUUUGUCAUAAUUUGGAAAAAAAUCCUGUUCCUCUUUACAUUGUAUGUAAAUGUCAUGAUGAAUGGACCAAAAGAAACGACCCAGAAUGACUUGGAAAAAAUUCUGGUUCCAUUGACUUGUAGGUUUUUUUCCUCCUCCUGUGAAGGUUUGGAGAUACGAGGUUUUCUUCCAACAACAGCGCUGUCAUUUUAAAAGGCCAGCUGCCCCUGAAAAUUUUCCAAAAUGAAUCAGCAAAAAUCUUUUUACAUUCACUCCCAAUACAAGUUCAGAAUGUUUUUCCUUCUCCGUAAAAAUGACUAUUUUGCAGAUGCGAGGUUUUGUUACGACAGUGAAGAUGAACAUAUUAUAUUUUUUAUUUAUUCUGAACAAAAAUAUAAACGCAACGCCUUACUGAAAAGAUUUAACGGAAACCCUGGGUGUGGUAGCAGCACGCCACAUUUCUUUGGAAUAAGUAUUCUGUAAUCUGUACUUUUGUUUAAGUGUGAGAAACACCAAAAGUGGUGCAUUUAUAUCUCUAUGGUGUUUAAUCCAAAACCUGUAGUGUCACCACAAACCACUAGGGGGUUGUGAAACCCUGGUGGGGGAACUAGCUCUUCAUCAGUGGUCAGUUUCUGGAUAUAUUUGGGUGGCGAAGCUCUCUCAGCCUAGCAGAGGCAAUGGAGUGUUCAGAAGUGCCAGCAACACCACCCAAAUAAUAUCUGAGGCUUGGUGGUCCCAAUUUGACCCCUUUCCACCGGUGGCAAAUCAGACUUGCGUAUCAGGAUUGCAGUAUAUAGCUGUAAUUUUAUGACGUGCACCUUUAUGGUGGGCGUUUCUAAUAAAGUGGCCAGUGAGUGUGUAUACAAGGUGGCUGUAUCUAAUAAAGUGGCAAGUCUUUAUAUACACACACACACGGCGAACGUAUUUUACACACUGAGCAAACGGCACCGGUUUUACUUUUUAAUCCUCAUCGUAAUCCGAAAUGCAGACCUGUAACUCCUCGUUUGAGAUCCCUCAAAUUCUUGUUUUCCAAAGGUUUUGCCAUAGAGUUCUCCUAUAGGGAUAUGCAGUUGCAUUUCUUUGCAGAAUACAGUUCUAUAAUGUACUUUAACACUGCAUACCUUCGGAUCAAUGCACCGUUUCCACAGGGUUUAUUGCAGAUUAAGUUCAGGGAAAAUAGCUUUACUGUCCGUACACCUCUCCGAGUUUUUGCACAUCAUCUGAUUAUAGUAAUAAUACAGAGCAGACUGCCGCAGGGUUUGCAAUACUUUUAAACCUGUUCCAAAACAAUGAAUUUAGGGGAUCGAGUGGCAAAUCAUGUUAUUUGUCAGUAUGCACACCACACGCCGUGCAAAAGUCAGAGACCACCUUUCAUCCAUUUCAUUCAUUGAACUCGGAAGUAGGCGUUGGGUCCGAGUGCUUCAUUCCUCAGUAUCGGGUAAAAUUAAUUUUAUUAUCAAUUUUAACACAAAAACUUUUCUCAGUGUUUACGGUGUCCACUCUCUACCUUUAUUCCAGCUUUUCAGAAGACUCCCUUUCAGUUUCUCAAAGAAAUCUGCAGACACGCCUCCAGAGUUCAGUCUUAGAAGUUGGUUCGUUGCAUGCAUUUAACGCAUUCAGUGGGGCUGAGGUCCGGCCUCUGGGGCGGUCAGUCCAUCGUUCAGCUUCUUUGCUUGAUGCGUAAGUCGCCUUUUCUCAGCGAGGUUCUUCUUGAACAUCUACACGUCCUUUCAGACCCUCAGCGCUGAGCGGUCUCCUCGCAGUGGAAGGAUUGGACAAACACCUGUGGAUGUUUUCAGAUCUGAGGCAGCUCGAGUUUCUCCUCGCUCUCAGAGAUGAAAGCUUUCAGUGCUGUUUGUCUGAUGGGGGCAGUUUUGUUGUCUACCCGCUCUUCCAGGUGGUUGUUAGGAAUCACAUUUUCUCUGUAGAUGUUAAUCAGAUUUUGACCUCCAGUUUUGGAAGCGCCUGUUUUUUCACCUUUGUCAUUCUCCUUCCUUGUGCAAGUGGAUUAUUUUAGAUGUCCUCAGAAGCAUCUCCCGAAAAAUGAAUAGCUUGUACUUAGUGGUUGUUUUGACCGGACAUUAAGUAAAUAAAGGGGGUCUUUGACUUUUGCACUGUAUUAUACACACACGAAAUGAUCAAAUAUAACUGGUAUGCGGGUGAACAGGAAGCUGUCGCUUUUUGAUCACUUUACACACACGCCAGCGUUGACUUUGCAGGUUCGUUGACCUUGUGGCGUUGACCACAGAGCUACUGUUCACGUCAGUGACCUCAGAGCAGGCCAGAGGAGACCAGAAGACCCUAAACGAUUAGCGUUAGUGGAUCAAAAACUGUUCAGGAAAUGUCUCAGACUGGGUCAGACGGAUGAAAACAGAACAAACCUCGAAAAUCUCACUGUCUCUGUGCUUGUGCUGUGUUCCUCUGUGUGUGGAAUCCACUUCCACUCCCUGUGCUCGACAUAAUGUCUGGCUGACCACUAGGGGUGUAAAAAUGCGCCGUGAUUCAACUGCAUCGAGUUUAGAACAUUAUAACGACCAAUAAUGUAUCAAAAAUGUAUGCCAUUAUUUUUUUGGGCCCAAAUAAACUGUUCAGGCUGCUUUCAAAGCCAAUUGAUAAUGUUAAUAAUAACUAAAGUUUGAAAAUACUGGGGAAAAAUAAUUAAAAAAACCUUGAUGUGUUGGCUUUAAUGUACCAUUCCUCAAGUCACAUUUGGUGAGUAAUUAGACAGUUUUUUUUUAUUUAUUUUAAAAUUAAUUAGGAAAACAUUCAACACCUUCAUUUACAAUACUUCCUUUAUGUGAAUACAUUUUCAAUGCAUCAAAGUUUAUUUUUUUUAUGCCUCCCAAAGUGUAAAAAUGUCAAGUGGUGCGACCAUCCAACCGUAUAUGCAGAUUAAUAAUUUUAAAAAAAGGUAAUUUUAUAUAAAUUCUAUAUAUAGUCUAUUUUACAAAGGACUUUUAUUCUGCCAUGCUUUAAAGAAAGAGCAUAUUGCAAUACUAAGGCCAGAGAUUCACAAAUAUUGAAAUAAUUGUUUUUGAGUCAAGGCUGAUUUAGUUUACCACGUCAUGUGGUGCGACCCCAGGACAAACACGAAUAUGUUACUAUGAAUGUGUUUUUAUAUAUUUUUUUAAAAGAAAAAAAACAGGUUUUUACAGGUCCAAGUGCAAAAACUAGCUGAUACACAUUUUCAGUACUUUUAGUGAAUGUGAGGUUGCCCCACUUGGUAUUUUUUAGGCGGCAAAGUUGUUGAUCCUAUUUAAAAGUGAAUGUAUGCUUUUAUAAAAGCUAUGAAACGGAUAUGAUCCUUGCAGAUCCAAAAGUGUGCGUCGUUUCCUUUUUAAUCGCUUUUAAAUUUAUUUCUAAUCAUUUGUGCGUUGAUAUUUUCUGCAGGUGCUGUUUUGAAACGGCUUAUUUGUUAUUGAGCCACUUGUGUUUGUAAGUGGAUCCUGAAUCACAGUGAACGAAUUGAAUCAGACUGAAUCAAAUUGAAUUUUUGCGAUUUCAUGAGGCACUGAAUCAUUUCCUAAAGAGUCAUAAUCAGACCGAGUUGAGACUUACACCCCUACUGACCAGCCAGCCAUCUUCCUAGCUACGCGAGCACAGCCUUCGAGCUUGUUUAUUUUCAUACCAAAAAAAGGACAAAAAAAAAAAAACUAAACAAAUAAGCCGAAAUC